AUGUGUCUAGUUAAGGAGAGCCCAUCGAGAAGGCCGAAAGGUACGGACGGGAGUUCGUCCAGAUCUCCAAAUCGGUCCUCACUCAACGGACCCGUGAGGGUAGCAUACUUACUUGGCAAUUGUGUGCGUGAGAAGCAAGGCCAUGACGACGAGGCAGUGAAGGUAGCAGAAGCGCCUCGAGCGGCCGCCCGGAGUUGGCGGAGUCUGCAGAUCUGGUGGGCAGGAGGAGGCCAGACGAAGGCGGGUUCGGUGUGGAAUGGGCACAAAAAUCCCACUGGAAAGGCCGGCAAGCCGGACAAAGUGACGGGCCCGAGCGGCCGGAGAAACGGGAGGCAAGAAGGAGCGGGCAGCAAAAGAGGGAAAAGAGCAAUGACGCGGCAGGAGUGUGCAGUGCUAGUUUAUACUGCGUGCUGUCAGCUUGACCUGAAGCGCACCCGAUGCUACCACUUUCGCGCUGGGUCCCUAUCCCAACGCAGCCCUCGCGCCGGCGUGUGCACGCACGUCUUCCUCUCGCUCUGGCCCUCCAGUCCGCCUCUCUGGCUCCCUUCAACUCGCAAACUCGCCGACUUGCCCAUCGUCUACGUGCCCAACUCGCAUGGGCAUUCUCUCUCGGCGUACAUUGUGUUUUAA